AUGGAGUUGGAGAACGAGAGCUACCUCUUCAAACCAGCACGCCCAGACCAGCAGGUUGCGGUACUGCUUCUUAUUGAGAACUCACCAGCAAUGUCACAACACUGGCCGUAUCUUCGAGACACCUGUCUCGAUACACUUGCUGCAAAACUAGAGCAUGCAAAUAAUUCUGCGCUGAUAACAGUGUCGGUACUUGAGAGUUAUCCUUGCCAUAGUCCAAGCCCGAAUCCUUCUCUCCCUCGACAGUGCCAUGGCGGAUUCCGCGAAGGAAUUAACACCGUGCAAUUUAACCCUAUCCCGGAGAACUCGAUUUCCGCUGGCCACAUAAGCAGUUGCAUCGACACUCUUAAUCAGCAAAAUUUCCGUGUUUCACUUCCCGCACUGCAUCUAAUUAUCGUCGCUGCUAACAUGCCGUCCGAUGACGACUAUGGGGUCCCAUGGGCUGGACAUGGAUAUUCCUCUCCGUGGGUGUAUCUUGCCAACGAAAUGAGAGCGGCCGGUGGACGAAUAGGACUACCUCGAAGAAAUUCGUACCCACUUCCCGAUAACUUCUGUCGCGAGGUUUUCGAUGAGGCGACCGGGGCACCUGUUUCUAACGAGCCCGAUCAGCCUCAGAGUCUUGUGUCGCAAUUACAGCAAUAUCAUGGACUGACUAAAAAGAAAGUAUACGGUACGAAGCCGACCCGCCAACCGUUCUUCCGAGAUGAACGUGUCGAAAAGCACCGUCAACUUCCUGCUCCACUCAUCAUGCCUUUAGCUGUAAUGAACUCUGUGCCUUCUCCAACUAGCGGUGGAAGGCCCCUUUCGCACUCUCGGAUUGAUCGUAUGAAUCGGGUAAGUCAGGCUAGCCCUACAGAUAUGCAUCGACGCCAAUACUCUGGUUGGCCACGGCGGGGGUCCCGCAUGUCUACUCCUGAGGCCGACCAUUCCUGGACCACCCCUCCAUCUCACACUGACAUGUCACCUGGUGGAUCGUACACAACGUCUGAUCUUUCUGCUACGGUAACCCCUAUUGUACCCAUUGACGAUGUUUACGGUCACCAGUCUGCUCCCGUUACAUUACCUUCCCCGCCGACUCAUGUGAUGCCCGGGACGGGUGUAUAUGGUGCAACAGGCAGAGCAGAGAUGAACUGGUCCACCCCUCCGAUGCAACCACCUCAAGGUCCGCAGCAGUAUGUUAACCACUAUACCCCUGGUUUGCCGUCCUAUAUCCCUGCAGAGAUGCCUCAUUAUGGAUAUUCUGAUAAUAGCCAACCUUCCUACUCAGUUGAGCGAGUGACCGGCGCGAUGGCAGCGCCUUCCGAACUCGCGAGGGCUUCAAAUUUGGCGCCGCGUACGACCCAUCCCCCAAUGCCAUUGUCCCCGCCCAAUACUGUGCCUCCCCAAGGGCAUCACGUUGCAUCGGGCGCAUCUCCAUCGGCAAUUCCCCCACUCCCCCAGCCUCCAGUCCACGCUCCCCCGCCACAACCAUCUGGUCACGUCGAAAGAACCUCUCCUACAGUCGCAAAUAACGUUCCCCGCCCAACCUCCUCCAACAAAAAAACGUUCGAAGAUGAGAACGAUGAACGCUUCAGUUUCAGUGAAGAGUUCGUAGUUGCGACAGCUCACCUGUUUAACACAGAGGUGCUCCCCUCUUACCCGGACUACCCAGGUAGCAGCUCGGGUUUGUUGUCACCCAGCGCCUCUGAGCAGAUCCUUCCGCCGCCGCCUGUGCCACAGGCAGGUGAACUUUAUGCAUCGCGCGAUCAGAGCUAUGUUCAUUCGCGGGCAAACUCUCGCUCGGGGGCGGCAGUCGCUUCUCAUUCUCAUGGUCAUGUCAGGGCAACGCCCUAUGUCCCAAUGUCUUCAUCUACCAUCAACAACGAUGCCUCGUUGUACGCAUUAGGUGCCCCUCACUAUGCCGCUCAGAACUACGGCUCCUCUCUUACAGGCUGGGCAGGCUAG